AUGAACCUAUCGCAGCCGAUUCGAGUCCCUGGCAAGUCCCUGGACACUCUCGGGAGUCACAUUCUUCUCCUAGUCUAUUCCGACCUCGGAAAUAAAAUCCGCAGACCAGGAAGUUUGAACGGGACAACGCAUGCCACUGCAACUCCACCGCUCACUCGCUCUUUUCAUCCAUCUCUACCAACUCCGGUGUCGGGUACUCGAGCACGCCUCACAAAGGGCCUCCAGCAUACGGCACCACUGCUCUAUCACGCCCAGCUCAACACACUCCGCAGACACUUCAUCCCCGAUCUCAUUGCUCGCGUUUCGGACCUUUGUGGACCCAAAAUUGCAACCCUCACUCCGCGGCGGAAUACACCUACACUGUCACAUUGGACUUGUCCAACCUCCGCUCGUACGUCCACUGUGCUCGCCAUUCCUCCUCAAAUUUCUCAGAGUGAUACAGAGCCAGUCAAAGGGUGCCACUUCAACGUCAUUUUUCGAACCUGGUCCGCACUAUCGGCUCGACGACAGUAA